AUGACUGAGACGGAGCUCGCUAUUAGUCGAAGCGGCUGUCAGGGCAAUGAAGAAGGUGAACUGGUGCCGAUCGAUGAUGGGUCUUUCGAAGCUGAGAGGGAUCAAGGUGUACAACUCACCAUCGAAUCUGAUAUCUUCAAAUCUCUUCCCUUGAUUGAGUAUGACGAGCAAGUUCAUCAUGCAAAAUCACCAAGAACGAUUCAAGAAGUGCAUAACCUGAUCAGUGUUAGAGGGGUUCCGGGAUUGGUACAGGUGAUGGGUAGAACUCAAGAUAAUCAACUUGUUACGAAGGAGUUUGGCAAGAGCCUUUCGGAUUGGAUAACCGAUAGAUCAAUAGAAACAUCUCGACAAACCAAAAUGAACUGGGCUGUCGACAUCGCUCGAGCUCUUUGCCAAUUGCACCAACGAGACAUGUUACACAAAGAUCUCUCUGCCAACAAUAUGCUGGUCGACGGUAAUCACGCUGUCCUAUGCGAUCUAGAAUCACGAUGGACGACCGGAUGUGCAAGAUCACCCGAGAAUUGUCAAGGUGCAGAAUACGACAAACGAGCGGAUAUCUAUGGAUUCGGUACUCUGCUCUGGUCUAUCGAAAAUAGGAAUAUGCCCAGACCUCAUGCGUCUUUACAAACCACUGGUGUGUUCGAGGAUAUCAUGCGAAGAUGUCUCGAUAACGAUCCUGCUAAACGACCUACUAUCGUUGAGGUUUUGGCCGAACUUGAAAGACUCAAAUAUGACAGUUGA